AUGCUGCGGGCCACCAUCAAGCUGUGCUGCGGGAUCGCCCACGACCACCUCCGUCGCCUGCCCGGCUUGAAGAUAUCAGCCAUGGCUGCAAUACAGAAGGACACGAGAGGGCUGGCAGCAAGAGGACCCCAUCACCUGCCUUCUGAAAUUCCUCGUUAUAUUCAGAAGCUGACGGGGAAGGAGACAGCCAUAUGCCCAGAUCCGGACGGAGACGUCAACCCCAGCUGCUUCUCCAGCACGGACCUCUCCUACGUCACCCAGGGAGAGACAGCCCUGCGGCAAGCACUGGGCAUCCUGCAGCAGCACACCGGCUGGCAAGCAGAAAUGAUGGUUGACGCCGGAGUUGUCGUGUCCAGCGCUGCGCUCCCUGGGCUGGGCAAGGUGUUUCGGGCCGAGGUGGUCUUGGCCGUACCGGUGGGACGGCUGCACCAGGAGCUGUUCGAGAAGAUGGAGCAAAUGCCACAGUGGAACCCGACCCUCAGCCGGGUGAAG